AUCAACCCCUUUUGUUCUCUUUCAUUACCCUAUCACUUACUGCCCACUUUUCUGGACACAAAUAAUCAACCCAUUCUCUCUCUCUCUCUCUCCAUCUCUCCCAUGAACUCUCUCUAUCCAUUAAUGGCGAAACACGAAGAACACGAAGAACACGAAGAACAACAUCCCGAUCUUAAACUCUAUAUCUUCCCCUCUACCUCCCAAGUUGCAGCUGCUUCUUCACACCUUGCUUUUGCCACUUGCUUUACUUCUAGUGCCACUCAACAUGAUCAUCAAAGAAUGGAUCUUCAUCAUCAUCAAAACCAGGGUGAAAAAAGCAUUGAUGGAUCAAGAACAGAUAUUGAUCAUCAAGAACAGCAACUAGAUGAGUAUCAAAUCAAAAAAGGAGAUAAUGGGUCAGCUGCAAAAUACUGGAUGUCUUCAAAGAUGAGAUUGAUGCAAAAGAUGAUGAAAGUUGGCGGUGGAAAUUCAGAUCAGGCGGCGGCGGCGGCGGUGGCGGCGGCUGGUAGAAGAAGCAAUAAUAAUGAAGGAAGAUCAUGUUGUAGUUCAAAUGGUGUUAGGGUUUGCAGUGAUUGUAACACCACGACAACUCCUCUAUGGCGCAGUGGUCCUCAAGGCCCUAAGGUCAUUCCCCUUCUCUAUCUGACAAAUUACUUUAAUUUUACUGUCCCAAAACCCCAAAAAAAUUAAACCCUUUUUGUAUAUUUCUACUACAA